AUGCCGGAAAGUCUCAUGUACCUGUGUCAACAGUGUGCCGUCGCGUUUGAAGAUCAGCAACGGGCACAUCGACAUCGCGCUCAGCAUAUGGUCAAAGCUCCUGCGUUCCCUUGUGAAAAAUGCAGCAGCAUCUGUUUGACGGACUCCAAUUUACGUGACCAUCACAAAAAGCAUGACGAGUCGAAGUUGUCGUACCGUUGUUUGAAGUGCACACCGAACAGAAUAUAUCUAAGUGAAUCUGCCAUAAUGUAUCAUCUUCAUAUAGACCACUCCAUCCCUUUGAUAGCAUUCUGUAAAAACUGUCUCUUGGCGUCUGCUAAUCUUGACCGUAUCUUUUCUCAUACGGUCUACCGCGAAUGUUCCGGCAGUCGGGUCGCAAAUCCUCGAAUUUCUGUGAUUACAAUUCAACGUUCUCUUGGCUUUGCAGUCGCAUCCGAUCUGUAUUUCCAACCAAAUGAUGAAAAACGCCAUAAACAAGCAGAAGGUCGGUAUGCAAAGCCUACUCUCUGUAGUCAUCGUUCGUUUAUCACGUUUGGAGACUCAUUUACUACCUGCCCUGAAGAUCCAUCUCGGUGUGCAGCCCUGGUUAAUCAGAACCGUUGGCACUCUCAUCUUUGUGCGACGAAUAAGGAUUAUCCUGGUGAAAUGCCUGCGAAUUUGCCAGAGGGAGUUCUCAUGAGGAAUGUGGGAGCCGAUAAUAUGAUUGAUCAUUUAACGCAACGAUUCAAAUUCAAAGAAAAGAACCGCAGUUUCCCUCCUCCUUACCCAGGAUCCUCUUGUUCACCAGCAGUAGAGGCUGCGGUUCCUCCUCUCGGCCAAUCACCCGUCGAACCGCGAAGGCAGAAUACUCCCAUCUCUACCUGUGAAGUAGUAAAUCGUCGUCGAGUUGCUGGUGACUCAAUAAACGAGCCGUUACCUGCACCACCUAUGCCAGCUGCACCGCAACAGAUUUAUGCUGGAGGAUCGGCAAGUGAGAUGCCAGUAGCUUUACGUCAGCCAGUACCUGGCAACGUGCCACCUCAACUUGUAACAAACCAGGUAGCCUUUUGUGUUGAUAGAAGAGGUAGAAGUUGA